AUGCUCAAACUUACUCAGACGACCUUGGAUAAUAAAUCUACCCCACUCAAGGUCCCCGGCUUUCAUGGUCUUCCCGUCAAUGUGUUACUCGCCCAAGAUGAAUUUGCCACGGGGACCAAUGAAUGGCACGCUGCCAUUCUAACGGCCAAGGAACUGGCUAUGCUAAAGUUGAUCAACGCCAUCACCGACCGACCGGGUUGGCACCGUGACAUUUUUGACCAACGUGUUGUCACUCAAUGGCGAGAGGACGCCGCUGUUUCAUCAUCGCUGAUCAACGACAAAACGUGGGACUGGUGCUUGAAAGAGCUGCAGGACAAGGCCCAAGAAUAUGACCGUGACGGUCAAUCCGUUGUCUUCAACACCCACAGCGGUGUCUGUAAAUCAGACACGGCAAUAUCUUCCGUUCUGAAAUCGCAGCUCUCGAAUUCUGCGGACCUGCUUUCUCAUCGAGCGGUGCGAGACAAGUCAGCGCCCGCUGUGAUUAAUCUCGUCGAACCUUCUCUUUAUCCUCUUGUCUUUGGAAGAACGAAAGUCAUAUCUAGCGGACAAUCGUGCGGAAUGGACGAACACUCCUGGUUGUCCCGCAGUGAGGAGGGCCCAGUGGUUUCGGAAACUCCACAGGUGGCAAAGGACGCCUUGAAAUGGCCGUGGGGCAAGUCUAAGCACAUUUGGUCCUCGAAAUUCCAGUGGCUGCCGUGCGAAGUGGAAUUUACUGGUCCUUCUGGAUCCACGGAUGUUCAGAUUUCGUCUUACAUCAACAAUAUCCAUCCAACGAACAGGGAGAUGUACUCCGCGGUCGAGUCCGUGAUUUCCGCUAGCAUCAAGCAAUGGAAUAAGGGGGUAGUUCGAAACAGGCUAAGACAAGUUCAAAGCAAAUAUCACGUCUCCCAUCCACGUGAGCCUGUGCGGAUACACACUUACGGAGUAGAGUGGAAAACCGAGUUCCCUGAAUGGGCAAAAACGUUACCCCGCAUGGAAGACGAGAGUAAACUCUCUGUGGAGGAAUACGAAUCCAUGUGUGCUCAAGUGGAAGCGUACAUUCAACAGCCUAAUUCCAAGGACGAAGUAUUCUGGCCUAUGUUAAAAACACGACACAUCCCGGAGGAUUGGAAAGUCCGAUGGGGUCUACUUCGGACAGCUUUGAAUAAGUAUGCUUGCACUUUUGUCUUUGAGCACUCGGAUCCAGGAACAUCAUACUCUUAUGCGGACUGGAAAGCUGGGAGGACCCAGAAUGCAAUUGUUGGCCCACCGCACAACGACCAUGUCUGCCGCCCGGAUUUCAAACGGUCUCAAUUCAUGGAGGAAAACCCCUGGCUAGUCCAUCUUGAAUGGAUGUAUAUGCCAAAGGAAGAGGGAUACACCAACCAUGAAUUCUACACGGUUGCAUUGCAGGAUGAGUUUCGGCAGCAGGGUCUUCAGGUCGUCGUCCGGGUUCAUGGCAUAGAGUUAGACCCUGAGACGCCAAGCUUCGCUGGAGAAGAGUGGCACACCGAAGGAAACGCAAAUGAGCAUAUAGUCGCCAACUCUAUCUAUGCGCUUAGCUCAGAAAACAUAUCCGAGCCGCAAAUCAGCUUCAGACAGCGGUGCAGGCUAGGUGGUCCUUGGGUCUACGACCGAAUUGGCCCUUGGGAUUCCAACGAGGACAGCGACGAUGACGAUCCUGCGUUAUACUUCAAGAAUUCUCACUGGGACCUCAAGUAUAUAGAGAUGCUUCUCGGACGUGAAAACAUCCAAAGUAGUCCAGCAUUGCAAGAGCUUGGGGAGGUGAAAAUGCCUGCAGGCCGCCUGAUCUCCUUCCCCAACGCUUUCCAGAGCCGAAUGGGCCCGUUGCAGCUUGAGGAUAAGACCAAACCCGGCCACUGCCGUUUUCUCACUUUUUCCCUUGUCGACCCGACCUACCGGCUUUGUUCUACUCGCAAUGUUCUGCCCCAGCAAUUUGAUUGGAUGACAGGCGAUGGCGUCGGCUCUAUACCACCGAUGGAUGCAACUGAGGCCUUAGAGCUGAGAGAAGAAUUGGUCAAGGAACACGCCAAAAAAGAAGAAGGUGUUCCUGAGCUUGCUGGAACACUCUACUUUUCUGGAUAUUCGUGA